AUAGUACAAGCCCAUGUGACCUUAAGAAAGAGUUAUGUUCAAAAAGCUGUCAUCCAUUUGGCAGUCAUACAAGUACCGAUUCGUGCCAUGGAUUGCUUUGAAUCUGAAGAAGAGACACGUCACCAUAUCCACUUCUUGUGAGUGAAGGACAAGACAAGUGGGGCUGUGACAUACUUUAAUAUAUGCAUUCUCUUGAUUCGUUUCUGAGGUGUUUACUCUUUUAACCUCUGAGGAAAUCUACCAGAAACAAUGCCACCUUAUAAGCCUUUUCUUUCUCUGACCAACAUAUGUAUUGAAUGGGUGUUAGAGUGGCUCGCUAGGAAUGUGAAGCGGCUAGGAGCCCCAAAGGAGCGCCUGAAACAGCGGAAAUACAUAACAGCACACCUCAAUUCCAAUAUCAGACAAAGGCUUCUCAACAUCAUUUUCCAACAGCACAUGUACAAGUGGGAUCUGUCAAGCAAAUGCCUGAUACUGGAGCUGUUGGGAGACCGUAGUACUCAGAUCAUUGACUUCACAAAAGGAGGCUAUGGCUUUGUAGAUGAGGUAUGGCACUUCUACCGCACACUUACCAUUGGCUUGAUGGUCAAUCUGACUAAGAUUGGUGUGACCUGCAACUUGAAGACAGAGUCAGACAAGAAGUAUUUAACGGAUAUUAAUCACACUUUCUAUCGAAUCUUCAGUCAGAUGAAGAACUUGCGAUGGGUGAUUCUGAAGGGGGUUGCCGACACAGUACUUCUUGGAAUGAUGGGGACAAAUUGUCCAUAUCUUGAGUAUUUAGAUGUUAGUGGUUCUUAUAAGGUUGAUGAUGAGUCUGUAGCAAACCUUCUGCUGAAAGAUCCCUUAUCUGUAGAGGGCAGAAAUCUGCAGAAGCUAAGCCUACAGGAUAUCCCAACACAACCUUGUGCCAAGAGCUUAAAGUAUGUUUGUUUGAGUGAGACUAAUGUGAGUCUAGUAAGUGCUGUCAUUCUUUUGCAUUAUGUCCCCAAACUUCAAUCAUUUGGGGGAGACAUUCAUGCAGGUUCUGUUAGUAGUGUCAUGGAAAUGUUACAGCCAGAAGAAGGUCACAUGACCUUCCAGCUACAAGAGUUGUGGGAUGCAAGGAUCCUACCACACCAUGCAUCUCUUAUGAACAUAGUGUGUCCUCAUCUCACCUGCCUCAACACCGAUGCUUCCUCUCUUGACUGCCUUCAUAUUUUCAGCUCCAUCUCAUCCCUCACUCUCAGCCUUUACUACCGCAAUUUCGUGAAUCAGAUAUACAACUAUCUCCUCGGUAAUGGAGAGAACUUGAAGAAGCUCAUACUUGUAGACCACAUCAAUUCCUACCUUGAUCUGUCAUGGCUGGUGGAACUCACCCCCAACUUAGAGCAUUUAGAAUCUUCUGUAGACUUGCUAGAAGGAACAGAGAUGUCAGAAUGGCCAUACCUAAAGUUUGCACGAGUAACUGUCGGGACAUCCAAGGUCCUCCUAGCUCUUUUGACCAACGCACCUGAAUUGAGAGAACUAGACAUCACCUUUGUAAGAGAACCAUACCAAGAGACCUUUGAGUGCAUCAACGAUGACCUCAUCAUCUACGCAGUGAUUGAAGAUGGCCUUAGAAAAUUACACAAGCUAAAGAUUAAUGAGUGUGCCAUUGGCUUGAAGGGGAUAGACUGUCUCCUCUUGCAUUGCCCUGACUUGUGCUACCUAGCCCCUCUUGCCUUCUGGCAUGGGCUCUCUAAUCAGGAUUUGCAUUCUCUCGUGCAGCGAAUCAAGGAGAAUAACUGGCAGCUCAAGCUUAUUAUGCGUACAGACUGGGAGGAUGGCCAAGAACUUAAGGAGAUUUUAAAAGCUUCUUGAUAUUCAUGAAAAUUACUAAUCAGCAAUCAGUAAAUACCACUACCUUCAAAUAAAAUAUGUUAUUUCAAAAAGUCAUAUUUGAAAGUAUAUACUCCUUGAAAAUCAAA